UCAAAAAAUAAACAAACAGCGGUUGAGCAAGAUCAGAAACAGACAUUAUUCAUUGGGUGUUGCUGUGGGGUUUUUUUCGUGCCUUUUUUCAUGUGUUUCCAGCAUCUUUUCCGUCAGGUUUUAUCUCCUAAGACGUGAUAAAAAAAAUAACAGAGCACCACAGUGGGCUGAUGGAGCACAUACGGACCCCGAAGGUGGAGCAGGUGAAGCUCCUGGAUCGCUUCAACAACAAGUGCACGACAGGAACGCUCUACCUGACCGCCUCACACCUCCUCUUUGUGGAGAGUAACACAACCAGUGCUCAGGAAAUAUGGAUUCUUCAUCACCACAUCGCGUCUGUAGAGAAGCUCUCUCUGACGGCCGGCGGUUGCCCGCUUCUCAUCCAGUGCCGCAACUUCCGAGUCGUUCACUUUGUGAUCCCACGUGAGAGAGACUGCCAUGACAUCUACAGCUCACUGCUCCAACUGCUCCGGCCAGUAUUGUACGACGAGCUCUAUGCGUUCUCCUACAACCCUAAGCAGAACGAGCAGCAGAGGGAGGAGGGAUGGCAGCUGAUUGACCUGGGGGCGGAGUUUGAGAGGAUGGGCGUACCAUGUGACCAGUGGCAGCUGACAGACGUUAACAGAGACUACAAGGUGUGCGAGACGUACCCCAGAGACCUGUAUGUUCCUAUCACGGCCAGUAAACCCAUCAUCGUGGGAAGCUCCAAGUUCAGGAGUAAAGGCCGCUUCCCCGUCCUGACCUACUUUUACCAGGAGAAGAAGGCCGCAGUGUGUAGAUGCAGUCAGCCUCUCUCAGGCUUCAGCGCUCGCUGUCUGGAGGAUGAACACAUGCUGCAGUCUAUCAGCAAAGCGAACCACAACAACCGCUUCGUCUAUGUGAUGGACACCAGGCCUAAGUUAAAUGCAUUGGCCAAUCGGGCAGCGGGGAAAGGCUACGAGAACGAGGACAACUACUCCAACAUCCGCUUCCAGUUCGUGGGCAUCGAGAACAUCCAUGUGAUGAGAGCCAGCCUCCAGAAACUUCUGGAAGUACUGGGUACUCGUGGUAUCUCCAUGACUGAGUUCCUGGUAGGACUUGAAAACAGCGGCUGGCUGCGUCAUAUCAAGGCGAUAGUUGACGCUGCCAUCUUUCUCACAAAGGCGGUGACAGUAGAGGGCGCCAGCGUGCUGGUUCACUGCUCAGACGGAUGGGAUCGCACGGCUCAGGUCUGCUCCUUGGGCGCCCUGCUGAUGGACCCUUAUUACCGCACCAUCAAAGGCUUCAUGGUACUGAUCGAGAAAGACUGGAUCUCCUUCGGACACAAGUUUGCAGACAGGUGUGACCAGUUGGACGGCGACCCGAAAGAAGUAUCUCCCAUCUUUACGCAGUUCCUGGAGUGUGUGUGGCAGCUGACUGAGCAGUUCCCUCAGGCAUUCCAGUUCAGCGAGUGGUUCCUCAUCCAGAUCCACGAGCACGUGCACUCGUGUCAGUUCGGAAACUUCUUGGGGAACAACCAGCGGCAGAGGGAGGAGCUACAGUUUAAAGAGAGGACUUACUCCUUGUGGGCUCAUUUAUUAAGCGAGCAGCAGAAUUUCCUCAACCCUGUGUACAAGCCGAGUUUCACAGAAUCGCACCCGGUUCUGGAACCUUCCACACAGCCCUGGAACUUCAAGUUUUGGAGAAACAUGUACCACCAGUUCGACCGCUCCAUGCACCCGCGCCAGUCGAUCCUCAAACACACUCUUACGCUAAAAGAAAGCAACAAGGAACUGGAGAACACGGUGCGAAGCCUGCAGGAGAAGUUGCAGAAGUUUGGAGUGAGCACGUCUCCUCUGAACCACCGGAAGGAGCAAGAUGUUCCUCUGAGGCCGCGGUCUCUGAUCCUCAGCACAAGCCGAAAGGAGGCGCAGCAGGACAAAGACGACAAGGAGGACGAGGAGGAGAUUUAUGGAGAAGAGGCGCUGGAAGAAGAGGAUGUUGUCCCGCCUGGUAGUAGCGGGGAGCGGACUGUAGAGGGCAGCAGUGAGUCAGAGAACGGCUACAUGGAGCUCCCAGGCUCGUUCGGCUCCAAGAGCGAUCCGGCUGUGGUCAGUCUGGAGUUCGGAGUGGCUCGAAUGACCUGCUAAGGAGCGUUGGAAGACUAAAAUGUGUAUAAAGUGAUAUCAGGAGGCCGUAAAAAACUUACUUGACCAUCACAUGUAAAAUAAAUCAAUAAAAAAGGAGGAAAAGUUCUCUAAUGUAAAUCCAGUAUAGAUGAGAUGCGUGUCAUAGUCCAGAAUGAGAGGACAUGAUUUCUUUUUUAAAAAAUGAAUGUUAAUAGAACUAAAAGAAGGAAAUAAAAAAUGUUAACAAUGA